UUUACAGUGGAUGUUAAUCAUCUUAUUGAAGCAUUUUAAGAUAUGAUAUGUUGCUAAUUUCUGCCAUAACUCUUGGGAUUUACGGUUUUAUUGACAGUUUAUCUGUUACAGAACUGUCAAAAUUUACAACAUCUGGAAACUUUCCUCAAUCAUCAGUAAAAGUCGAUACUUCUCCAUCAGAAAGAUAUCUUAUAUAUGCGUCCGGAAUACCAGAUCAUCAAUGGGAAAAGGUCAAUCCAAAUGAUGCAACUAAUCAAAAAUAUAACAUCAGUAUUCUAAAAAUACCACGGUAUAAAAAUGGAGCGCAUGGUUGUGUUCCAAUGGGUAUGAUUGGUAUUACCAGAACAGGCGUAGCCAUAUUCAAUCCGUUGAAUGUUGACAUGGAAAAUGCAGUUGAAGGUCAAACACAAGAGACUUUUGACAGUUGUGAUGGCCAUCCAACAAACACAGGAUCAUAUCAUUAUCACAAGAUUCCAGAUAGCUGCCUGUAUAAAGGAGAGGUCGAUGAGUUCAUUGGUGUCGCUUUAGAUGGAUUUCCAAUAUAUGGUCCAAAUGCAUCAGAUGCUAAUAGUCUGUUGACGUCAACUGACCUUGACGAAUGUCAUGGUAGAGAGGUUAAUGGCGCUUAUAGAUAUCAUGCGACAGAGACAUGGCCGUACUUUCUUGGAUGUUUUAAGGGUGUCGUAUUAGAAAAUCUUCCUGGUUUGCAGUACAUUUGCGAACCAGCAAAUAAAGCAUCUUCAGGUUGGGAAGAUUGGAAAGAAUGGAACGGGUAUCUUUGUAACUGUCCACCGCCAGAAGGACAUGGGGAUGGAAAUAUGCCAGAUUCAUUUCAAUGUAGAGCAGAUAACCCAUACCGACCAACUAACUGCCCUGAUGUUCAAGAAUGCAUGAACAAUAACAAUCCUCCUAUGUUUUGUUACGACAUAUGCCAACAACAGGGAAAUAGCCCGGAAUUUUGCAAGACCUUACCUGCUAAUGACAAUCAGGCAUGCCCAAUAGCAGCUAUCAAGAUAUUUACUAUUCUUUUGACGACAUUUAUAGCUAUAUGUUUAAUCUAGUGCAAACGUUUUGUUCAGUCCAAUAUUCCGGUGCUAUGAAUUCAUGCGCGUAGCUACCUUUACGUCAAAACGCCCGGUCGUACACAUGGAUUUUUGAGUCUUUUUUUUAAUCGGAAUAAAUAAAAAGAAUUUGUUAAAUUGAACCUUGUAGUGAUAUCUCUAAUGGCUUGUAAUUGAAAAUAAUGUGACGAAAUGUAAUUUCUAAUUAAAUGGUAUUAUGAUUACGUUCAUUUUCUGCAAAGUAUGAAUCUACUUAAAAUGCUGCUCAGUGUCCUAUUGUUUAAAGCAAUUCCUUUAAUAUAAUAUCAUUUCAUCAAUGAGCGUGGAGGUGUUUGGAAAUCCGAGGGGUAUAACAAUUUGGGUUUUUACUAGGCAAAGUUUUUUUUAUCAAAUAUUUUAAUUUUGUGAAUAAUUGCAUGAAGUUCAUAUGAUAGAUAAUCGUUGCAUAAAUCACUACAAGACUUGAUGUGUCAUUUACUUUAAAACUAUAUCUUUAUUUAUGUCCCCUACAUAUGGACUAUAAAUAUACGUGAAUAGGUCUCGAUGUAUUCUGGGCUAUUCAAUCAAUAACACCACAACUAACUUUGUGUUAUGGAUUCAUACCGAUGUUUUGAAAAAGUUUUUUACCUGUAAAAUGUCAAAAAAAUAAAUAAAUGAU